AUGAACCCCUCUGUUGUGGCUGCCCACAAGAGGAUUGGACUUCUCCAAAAGUUCAACAAAUGGCAAGGGAAAGCCAUUGAGAAGAUGCAAAAGUCCAUGGACAAGAUGGUGAGCAAGAUCAAGAGUUUGGAGAAGAAGGUUUCUGGUUCUUCAAGCAAGAAGAAGAAAGUCCAAGGCCCCACUUUCCCUAGGAGUAGAUCACUCCUCACCACUCCAAGGAGGCUCCCUGCCCAAGAGCCUCACAGAGCCUCUUCUUUCGAGCCAAGGGAAGGAGAAGACAACACAGAGAAGGAGGAAGAGCUCCAAGGCCAGACGCUCCAGCUCGACCACCGGACUCGAUCGAGUCCAAACAGAGGAAACUCAACUCGAUCGAGCUGA